AAAAAUCCUUUUUGUUAGCCCAAAAAAAAAACAAAAAAAACACAUUACAAAUCUUAGCAGAAACAAAGAAAGAACCCAAAUUCUGUAUGGCUUUAUUGAUAUCAUGGAGACCAUCUUCUGCUUCUAAUAUCAGUUUUCCAUUUAUAGUGAAGAAAACAUCUUAUUCUAAAUCUGCAAAAAUGGGGUCUUUUAGUACUAAUAAUAUUAGUUGCAGUGUCACUUCUUCAUCAGCAUCAAUAAUGGUGGCUCAGAGGAAACUUCCAAUUUUGCUUUUUGAUGUUAUGGAUACUAUUGUUCGUGACCCUUUUUACCAUGAUGUCCCUGCCUUCUUCAGAAUGUCAAUGAAAGAAUUGCUGGAAAGCAAGCAUCCAACUUCCUGGAUUGAGUUUGAGAAAGGCCUUAUUAGUGAGGAGGAGUUGACUAGGAAAUUCUUCAAGGAUGGAAGAUCUUUUGAUAUGGAAGGUCUCAAAAACUGUAUGAAAAGAGGAUACUCCUACCUUGAAGGUGUUGAAGGAUUAUUGAAUUCUUUGAAAGAAAAUGGCUAUGAGAUCCAUGCUUUCACAAAUUAUCCAAUCUGGUACCAGAUGAUUGAGGACGAGCUAAAACUCUCAAAUUACCUAUCUUGGACAUUUUGUUCCUGUAUAUUUGGAAAACGGAAGCCUGAUCCCGAUUUUUAUUUAGAAGUUGUAAAGCAUCUCAAUGUAAAAGCUUCCAACUGCAUUUUUGUUGAUGACAGGAUGGGGAACGUUGAAGCUGCAAUUGAACUCGGACUCAAAGGCCUUCAAUUCAAGAAUGCAGAUUUGUUGCAGAAGGACUUAUCUCUCCUCGGUGUCGAUAUAUCAACAAAUGAAAGUCAAGAUCUGAUUGAAUGUUCAUCAUGAGAUUAUAUAUCAUGAUAGUUCUGUUUUUGUUUUCUUAACAUUUGUUCUUGAGGAACAGUUCCUCAAAAUAUGUUACAAUUUUAGGCGUCAAGAGAGUUGUAUAUUCUAUGUAUAAUGAAUGUAUACAACCAACUUGACAAGUGAAAGUACAUCAGACAAUGUAAACGUCUAUUAGAAUUAUUU